AUGUCACUCGACACCCAAGCAGCGUCCUCAGCCAUAGUGGCACAGAAGGCAUGGUGGAAGGAGGCUGUUGUCUAUCAGAUCUAUCCUACGUCGUUCCUUGACUCGAACGGUGAUGGACUGGGUGAUUUGAACGGAAUAUACUCGAAGUUGGACUACUUGAAGGACCUGGGAGUCACCGUGCUUUGGUUAUCGCCAAUCUACAAAUCGCCAUUGGCAGACAUGGGGUAUGACAUUGCGGAUUAUCGUAGCAUAGAUCCUCGCUACGGAACGCUUGAUGAUUGGGAUAGGCUCAUAAAAGGCGUUCACGAUCGUGGCAUGAAGCUGAUGAUGGACUUAGUCGUGAAUCACACGUCGGAUGAGCACGAAUGGUUCGUACAAUCCAAGUCUAGCAAAUCGAACCCGAAGCGAGAUUGGUACAUCUGGCGUCCUCCGAAGUAUGACGCUUCGGGGAAUCGUCAGCCUCCUAAUAACUGGAAGUCUAUCUUCGAAGGAUCAGCCUGGGAAUAUGACGAGGCCACAGACGAAUACUUCCUUCAUCUUUUCCUCGACAAGCAACCGGACCUCAAUUGGGACAAUCCAGAAGUUUGCGAUGCUGUGUUUGACCUCAUGCACUUCUGGCUGAAGCGAGGAUGCGAUGGUUUCCGUAUGGACGUGAUAAACCUAAUCUCAAAGGUUCCCGGUCUUACGGACGUACCCAUCGCAGACCCCACCCAGACAUACCAACUGGCCAGCAAGAUGUACGCCAACGGCCCCAAAGUCCACGAAUAUAUCCGCGAAAUGAACACUCGUGUUCUUUCACAAUACGACAUCAUAACUGUCGGCGAAGCACCCUUCACCUAUGACCCCUCAGGUCUUGCCGACUUCGUCCUCCCGGCCAACAAAGAGCUUAAUAUGGUUUUCUCCUUCGAGAUCGUCGAAAUAGACCAAGCGGAUGAAGGUCCUGACCAUGAACCUGGUUCCUCGACGCUCGUCUGGAGUCCAUGGAAGCUGCCCAAAAUGAAGACUAUCGUCAACCGUUGGCAGACACUUCAAAGGGACCAGGGCUUUUGGAAUUCAGUGUUUAUUGAGAAUCACGACCAACCUCGCUCCGUCUCGCGAUACGCAAAUGAUUCCGACGAGUGGCGCGCCACAUCGGCCAAACUCCUCGCGGUGAUGCAGACUACGCUCUCGGGUACAUUGUACGUUUAUCAGGGUGAAGAGAUCGGGACGAAGAACGUUCCACUCGAGUGGCCCAUCGAAGAAUACAAGGACAUCCAGACUCAGAAUUACUGGAAUCGUGUACUCGCUGAGAGGAAGAAAGAGGCGGGUGAUAACGGUAAAGAGGUCGACAUGUCCGACGUGAAAUAUGGCUGUCAACGCAAAGCGAGGGACAAUGCUCGUACACCCAUUCAGUGGAAUGCGUCGAAGCAUGGUGGAUUCACCACUGGAACACCGUGGAUGCGCGUGAACGAUGACUAUCCGGAAUGGAACGUUGAGGCCCAACUCUCUGAUCCGGGCAGCGUGCGCAACUUCUGGAAGGAAGCUCUGCGAGUGCGAAAGGCGAACGAUAUAUUGGUUUACGGAGAGUUCAAACUAUAUCUUCCCGACCACGAGCAAUUGUUCGUCUAUACGCGGACGUUCGAGGAGAAGACUGUCCUUGUGGUCUUGAACUUCAGCACGGACGAGGCUACGUUCAAGUUGAAGGAUGCCGGCGCGGAGAAGAUGGUAGGUGCCAGUACGAUCUUGGGCAAUUACCCUGGUAGCGUGAACACCACGGCGGAAGAAGAAAUCAAGUUGAAGGGGUACGAAGGGCUAGUAUUCAUCAAGUAG